AUGGUUGUCGACUAUGCAGUUGCCGUCCCCACCUUUACUGGAAGUGUCAUGUCAACGAUCGCAUCUUCACUGGUCCUUCUAUCUUAUGCCACUUCCUCUAGGAAACGGCGCUUUCGUCACUGGCUUAUUUUGAACCUGACCAUCGCAGACUUUAUCAAUGCACUCAAUAACUCCAUUUCAGGGCUGGCAGUCCUCAAAGGGGGCCACGACCUGACGCUGGGCACCGGAUCCAUGAAUCUAGGCAAGCGGUUUCUCUGUGCUAGCUAUUGCAUUGGUCGCUCUCUGGAUUAUCAAUCAACGGGCGAUAGUUUCUGCGCCAAACGCGAGCGUGAAGAAGCUGCUGUACUGCCCACCUGUUUGGAUUGUACUAUUGGAUUGGGAUUGAAAUUGUAUGGGCCGGUCAGUGGAAAUUGGUGCUGGAUUGAGCCGCAGCAUCUCAGUCUGCAAUUUGCACUUGGCCAUGGCUGGCGCAUUGCCAUCAUCUUGACCACCGUGGGCAUCUAUGCCUAUGUCUUCGUUAUCAUCAAGCGACAUUUCGAGGGAAUAGCAUUCUUCCCCCAUGCAGCUACCAACUCAGGGCAAAGAACGGUAGAAGUGAGUAGAGGGUCGGUAGGGGUAAUGACAAUUGAGCUGGAGACGACUGUGGUAGUCGAAUCCGUCGCAGCCGAUCAUGCUGGCACACGAGUUCUUGGUUGGUUUAUCCGCUUGCACGCUUAA